AUGUGGAAGAGGUCAAAGGUGACCGAUCAAACUGCUGCCGGGCAGGCAGGCAUCAGGAAGAGGUCCAAGGUGCCCGGUGUCAUGAUAACACAGUUUAUGGAGGAACUUCCAGCGGGAAUGUCAACUCCAGAUUUCACCCGCAAACCCAUUGCUCUGACUAUUCAAGAGGGUAAACAUGCAGUCUUUAAAGCCAAAAUAGAGGGCACUCCCACGCCUGUUGUAACAUGGAGCAGAGCAAACAAAGAAAUAGUUUUUGCGCCUGAUGUGUGCAUGCAAAAGUAUUAUGCGGCAUCCCAGGAACAUACCCUUGAGUUACCUAAGGUCACCCCGGAGGAUGCUGACACCUACAAGUGUUUUGCAACAAAUGAAUAUGGAAGGGCUGUUUGCACUGUUAUCUUGAAUGUCAUUGCUGUUGGAUUCUCCAAGACCAAGGAACUUCAAAAGACACAAGGAGAAGGUGAGCCUUCAGAAAAAAACUUAAAAAACGGUGAUCCUGAUGGAACACGUGACCAAAAGCCAAUGGAGCCAGAGGAGAAGGUCUGGGAAAUUCUGCUUAGUGCAGACAGGAAAGACUACGAGCGGAUCUGUGCUGAGUACGGGAUCACAGACUUCCGAGGCAUGCUGAGGAAACUCACUGAAAUGAAGAGAGAGAGAGCGGAGGAGAUUGCAGCGUUUUUGACUCACAUCAGUAAACUGAAACAUAUUGAGGUCAAUGACAAAGGCUAUGCAACAUUUGAGUUGGACAUGGACCUGAAGGAUCCUAACAGCAAAAUCUUCCUGUACAAGGAUGGUGUAAUGAUCCCAUUCUCCAAAGAAGAAGGCGAGGAGUUGAAGCAUAGUUUGAGACAAGUUGGCAAGAAAUAUAUAUUCACGAUAAAAAAACUGGGUUUAGAAGAUGCUGGACUCUACUCGGUGGAUGUUGAGGGGGUCAAUGUAUUCUCCACAGAUUUUAAAGUACCUGAAGUUGACUUUGCUGUCAAAAUACAUGAGGUCAAGGCAGAAGAACGAGAGGACGCCCUCUUUCAAUGUGUCCUGACUGCACCCACGAAUGAGCUCAAAUGGUUUGGCAAACAUGCCCCACUGUCAAAUAGUGAGAAACAUGAAAUCAUUGUAUCUGAAGACAAUCUUAUCCACAAGUUGAUUGUGCGUGACUGUAUGCCUGUGGAUGCUGGUAUCUAUGCUGCUGUGGCAGGAAUCAAAUCCUGCAAUGCCUGGCUUGUGGUUGAAGCUGACAAAGAUCCUGCCAACAAGGGCAAAAAGGCAGCUCGCAAAACUACUGUGGCUGGAGGGGGUAAUGAUGAAGACCUGAUGAAAAUAGCUAAGGAACAGCAAGAAAGAUAUCAGAAAGAACUGGAAGAAAAAAGGGAAACUGCCAAGAAAGCUCAAGCGGAGAAAGAAGCUGCAGAAGCAGCUGUCCGAGCUGAGGCAGAAGCAGCUAAAAAGGCAGCAGCUAAGGCUGCAGCUGAGGCCAAAGCUGCAGCUAGGGCUGCUGCAAAGUCAAAGAGGGCAGCAUCUGAUAGGGAUGGUGCUAUAAGGAAAACUAAGCAAAAAGGCACUGGUGCUGCCGGUAUUGAGGGCUCCGCUGCAGAUGAUGCUGGAGGCGUUGGUGGUGCUGGAGGGGAUGGAGCUGAUGGUGGCAAAGGUGAAGCUGCUGGUAAAGGCAUCACAGCUGGUGCUGGUGCACUUGGUGAAGGUAGAGGAUAUGAUGGAAGUGGAGCUGGAGCUAAAGGUGGGGCUGGAGCUAUAGGUGGAGCUAUAGAUGGAGCUAUAGGUGGAGCUGGAGCUGGUGCAGGUGGUGAAGGUGAAGGAUACGAUGGAAGUGGAGCUGGAGCUAAAGGUGUAGCUGGAGCUAAAGGUGGGGCUGGAGGUGGGGCUGGAGUUGGUGCUGGUGCAGGUGGAGGAUAUGAUGGAUUUGGAACUGGAGCUAAAGGUGGAGCUGCAGCUAAAGGUGUAGCUAUAGGUGGAGCUGGAGCUGGGGCUGCAGCCGGUGCAGGCGGUGAAGGUGAAGGAUUCGAUGGCAGUGGAGCUGGAGCUAAAGGUGGGGCUGGAGUUGGUGCUGGUGGUGGUGCAGGUGGAGGAUACGAUGGAGUUGGAGCUGGAGCUAAAGAUGGAGCUGCAGCUAAAGAUGGAGCUGGAGGUGGGACUGGAGCUGGUGCUGGUGCAGGUGGAGGAUAUGAUGGAAGUGGAGUUGGAGCUAUAGGUGGAGCUGCAGCUAAAGGUGGAGCUAGAGCUGGUGUUGGUGGUGAAGGUGGAGGAUAUGAUGGAAGUGGAGUUGGAGCUAUGGGUGGAGCUGCAGCUAAAGGUGGAGCUAGAGCUGGUGUUGGUGUUGGUGAAGGUGGAGGAUAUGAUGGAAGUGGAGUUGGAGCUAAAGGUGGAGCUGGAGCUGUUGUUGGUGGUGGUGAAGGUGGAGGAUACGAUGGAGUUGGAGCUGGAGCUAAAGGUGGAGCUGCAGCUAAAGGUGGAGUUGGACAUGGGGCUGGAGCUGGUGCUGGUGCUGGUGGUGGUAAAGGUGAAGGAUAUGAUGGAAGUGGAGUUGGAGCUAAAAGUGGAGCUAGAGGUGGAGCUGGAGCUGUUGCUGCUGGUGUAGAAGAUGGAGGACAUGAUGGAAGUGGAGUUGGAGCUAAAGGUGGAACCGCAGCUAAAGAUGGAGCUGUAGCUGGUGCUGGUGCUGGUGCUGAUGAAGUUGGAGCAAAAGGUGGAGCUCGAGGUGGGGCAGGAGGAGGAGCUGGGGUUGGGGCUGGAGGAAAAGUUGGGGGUGGUGAAGGUUUGGGAAAAGAAUUUGUGGGGGAACAGAAGUACGAUUCAUUUGAAGAUGCUGAGAAUGAAUUUAAGAAACACGGAGACAAGGAGGGAAAAGGAGGCGGGGGAAAGGGAGGGGAAGGAGACGAAGAAGGAGGAAAACACAGGAAACAUGUGAGAGGUGGUCCACUUGUUCCAGAUACAGUGAUAGACCCAGGAGUUCACUUUCACGCUGGGCUUUCUGACUGCAAAGCCAUUAUUGGAGAAGCAGCAAAGCUGGAGUGUAAACUGAGCAGUGAAGACUGUCAGGGAAUCUGGUACAAAGACGGAGCGGAGAUUAAACCAUCUGAGGGUAUAACCAUUUCAAAAAAAGGAAGUUACCACAGUCUGAAAAUUCACAAAGUUACAGAGGACGUUGCUGGAAAAUAUAAAUUUGAAGCAGAUGGAAGGAAAACAGAGGCCUUGAUUGUUGUUGAAGAUCCACCUAGAUUUGAUACUGAGGAACUGGAUGCAUUUACAACUCCUGUAACAGUGAAAAAAGGACAUAAAGCUACCUUCAGAUUAUCUUAUGUCGGACGGGAACCUGUAAAAGUUCAUUGGUACCUUGAGGGUGAAGAGCUUUCAGAAGAAUCAAAUAUCAUGAUUGAGCACUUUGAAGGGUACAGCCGCCUGCUUCUAAGAAAGCUGCAACGCAAAGACAGUGGUGAAAUAAAGAUAAAACUCAGAAAUGAGUUUGGCGCCGUAGAGGCCCUCAGCCAACUUGUUGUACUUGAUAAACCUACUCCUCCAAUGGGACCUCUGGAGAUUGUUGAGGCCUCCUCUUCCACAAUUGAAUUCAAGUGGAGACCCCCAAAAGACAGUGGUGGCUGCAAGAUAUUAAACUAUAUCCUUGAACGACAACGAAUUGGCCGCAACUCCUGGAAGAAGUUGGGGCCAGUUGGUCCGAAGGCCACAUACAAGGACACUAAUGUAGAUCAUGGCAAGAGGUACUGCUAUCGCAUUAGAGCGGAGACUCAAAUGGGCAUCAGUGAGCUCAUGGAAACAAAGGACAUUCAAGCUGGUACAAAAGCAUACCCUGGAAGUCCAUCAGCACCAAAGGUUGUAAGUGCCUUCAAGGACUGCAUCAGUCUCUCCUGGUCUCCUCCUUCCGACACUGGAGGAACCAAUAUUCUGGGAUAUAACCUUGAGAAACGCAAGAAGGGCAGCAACCUUUGGGGCCAAGUCAACCCAUCUAAUGAGAUGAUCAGAGCUAAGGAAUUUUCUGUCAAAGACGUGAUUGAGGGCAUAGAGUACGAAUUCCGUGUGUCAGCUACCAAUAACUCUGGAGCGGGUGAAUUCAGUGCGCCAUCUGAGUUUGUGUUUGCCAGAGACCCUAAAAAGCCUCCUGGUAAAAUCAUUGACUUGAAAGUGACAGAUUCCACCUACACAACCCUGUCCCUGUCUUGGACCAAACCCAAGGUGAUUGAGGGGGUUGAGGAUGAAGCCAAAGGAUAUUUUGUGGAGAUCAGGCCUGCAGAAAACACAGACUGGGAUCGCUGCAAUUCACAUGCAAUAACCAUGACCUCCUAUACGGUGAAACGCAUGAAGUCACUGGCCAUGUACUGGGUGAGAGUCAUUGCUACUAAUAACGGAGGAGAGGGACAGCCACAGGAGCUGGAUAAUUACAUCCUUGCUACGCCUCCUCCUGUGAGGCCACGAUUCACAGAUGCAAAAAUCCAGAGUUUCAUGGUGGUGAGAGCAGGACAUUCUGCACGAUUAACCAUUAACUUUGAGGCCUCCCCUUGGCCUGAGGUCACCUGGCUGAAAGAUGGAGUGCUGGUGUCUAAAAAAGUGACCAUCAGCAAUGCAGAGGGCGCAUCCCAGCUUCUGAUUCCCUCUGCUGAACGCUCAGAUACUGGAAUCUACACUAUCAUUGUCAAGAACAUUGUUGGCCAAGAAACACUCAGUAUUGAAAUUAGAGUCACAGAUGAACCAAAGCCACCAGGUCCUGUGGAGCUUAAUGAAAACGUGCCCGGUACGGUGACUGUUUCAUGGGGCCCGUCUCCAGAUGAGACACGUGACGACAGGCUGCACUACAUGGUGUCUAAGCGUGAUUCAAGCAAACGAACAUGGCAAACCAUUGCAGACCAUAUAUUCAACAAUAAAUUCACAGCCUGCAACAUAAUGCCGGGUCAAGAAUACCAGUUCAGAAUCUACGCAAAGAAUGACAUGGGCUCCUCCGAACCCUCUGAAUCACCAAAGUGGCUGAUUUCUACCAUAAAAAAAAAGUUCACUGUGAACCUGCCAGUGUCAAAGCCCUGUAAUUUUCAGUGUCCUCCGAAGUUCAUUGUCCCACUGAGAAUGCACAUUGCUCCUCAAGGGUAUGAAUGCUACAUGAGCUGUGCUAUAACAGGAGAUCCACAACCUCAUGUGACAUGGCUCCGCAACAACAUCAGUCUGAAUACCAACAGUAAUUACUACAUCUCCAACACCUGUGGAGUCUGUUCUCUGCUCAUAUUGAGGGUCAGACCUAAGGACAUUGGGGAGUACAAGGUUGUAGCAGAAAACUCUAUUGGGAUGGCAGAGUGCUCCACUACACUGACAGUCAGAGAAUAAAUGGACGCACUGAAG